UUAGGAGGUGUUUAGGAGAUAAGGUUUGACAUUUGUUUCAAAACGCUGUACAACACCUACCAUUUGAUUGAUGAAUCGCUUUAAAAGCCUUUUCUGUGGAAGAAUUCUGAGGUGAUUUGAUUUGAGUUUGGGAUUGGGAUUCGAACCUGUGAUCUGUGAAAACUGGUGGAUUUUGGAUGUAUGAGAGGUUUUAUGGAGGGCGGAGGAAUUUUUGAGGGUUUCAGAGGGACUUCGGGUGGGAAUGUCUCUCAGAAGACGAUGAUUUCGGGCAGCUUUGUGAAUUGCCAGAUGGACGAGCCCGCGGAGCCGACGCCAUGGGAGUGUGAAGCUUAUGAACAGUAUGUGCAUCUAAAUGAGCUAAGAAAGAUGUGGAAUUGCAGGCAGUGGCCUGGCUGGAGUAAUGAGCCGCUGGUUAAGCCCGCGCUCCAGGGUUUGGAAAUGAGCUUUCGCUUUAUAUCGUCGAUUCUGUGUGAUGCUAGGGUUUAUAUUGAUAAGGCCGAGUGGAUUCGAAGGUUGGAGUCCUUGACGAACGCACAGAUUGAGCUGAUUUCGAUUAUCUGCGAGGGGGAUAAUGAGGCGCCUACGAUUCAGCUGGCUGUGAGCACCGGAGUGCUUGGGAUGGGCGUUGCUCAAGAGGUUUGGCAACGGCCUGGUGCGUUGCCCGUUGUGAGCAGGUCCAGCGAGGAAAGCCUGUUGCCGCGUUUGGCGACAUGGAAGCGGGCAGAAGAUCUGGUUGCAAGGUUGAGGCUUUCUGUUGAGUGCCAUAUGCAAAGGGUGCCUUUUACGCUAGGGCUUGGGGAGCCUAAUUUGAGGGGGAAGCCUAUUUUAGACUACGAUAGGCUCUGUCAGCCGAGCCAUGUUUAUGCCCUAAAAAAUGGCGGUCAAGUCCAGGGUAACAGUGAGGACAAUACUUUGUCUACUGCGCACCAGAUCAUGGAAGCCUGGCUCCAUGUGGCCGAGACGCUCGUCGGGAGGAUUCAUGAAAAUGUUGAUUCUGGUGAUGUGGAGACCGCGGCUAGGGAUUGCUGGACGGUGGAGAGGAUCUGGAGGCUGCUUACAGAUGCGAUUAAUUUGCUUCUGCUCAUGGAUCCUGAUGAUUUCUUGAGGCUUAAGCAGCAGCUGGUUAUUACUAGCUCGGGGCUCCCGGCGGGGGCUUAUUGUUUGCGGUCCAAGGGGCUUAAUAAUGUGACCAAGGGCUGUAAGGAUUUGCGGCACCUGGUUCCCAAGGUGGUAGGCGUUGAAGCGGAUCCCAAGGGCGGCCCUCGCUUACAGGAGGCCGUAAUGAGGAUUUUCCACUCGCAUGGCCGUGAAGGUGCUGCGUACAAUUCUGGAACGGUACAUCUUUUGCAGGCUUUUCAGGCUAUUGAAGCUGGGGUUAAGAGGUUUUUCUUUUCGUACCAGCAAUUGGUCGUUGUCGUCAUGGGAAGCGUGGAGAUGAAGAGUUCGUCUUACAGAAGCGGUGCUCCCGACGUUUUGUCUCAGAUCUAUACGGAGCCGCCUUAUUUUCCUAGCGUGGAUGGAGCAAAGACUUUUCUGGGAGAUUUCUGGCAUUAUUCUCAUCACGAUUCUGUCAAUCUUCAUCCUUUGUGCACUGCAAAGCCAGAUGCAUCCAUGACGCGCGUCGAUUCCUUCAGGUCUUGAAAAUAAUCAAGAGCACUUUUUACAUUAUCACACAACAUCUUAAAAAAUUUCUUCUGAAAAUAUAAUUUUUGGCAUCGAUAUUGUUCUGUACAGUUACAGGUAGGACAUUCGGAGGGGCUUUCUUUACCUUGAAUUUUGUAAAUAAUUUCUAUUAUAAUAUACAUUGCUACAAUUUUUAAGGUUAUCUAAAA